AAUACUCUCCCAUUUAGCAAAUGCACCUGUCGACCAGAGAACCUCCCUCCAUCACAGAAGGAGACUCACUGCAAGACAGGAAUUACAGCAAGAACCUACGACUGAGAAGAGGAAGAAGUUUAAUUUGAAGAACAAAUCCUCUGUCAAAAUGGUGUCCGCUGGGUUACAAAUGCUGGGUGCAGCUCUAGGGAUCCUGGGCUGGAUUGGUACCAUCAUUGUAUGUGCCAUUCCCAUGUGGAAGGUCACUGCUUUUAUUGGCAGCAACAUCGUCACCUCUCAGACGUCCUGGGAAGGUAUUUGGAUGAGCUGUGUGGUCCAGAGCACAGGCCAGAUGCAGUGUAAGGUCUACGACUCCAUGCUGGCCCUCAGCUCUGACCUCCAGGCUGCCCGGGCCCUGACCAUCGUCUCCAUUGUGGUGGGCAUCAUGGCUAUCCUGCUCUCUGUAGCCGGGGGGCAAUGCACCAACUGCGUGGAGGAUAAGUCAGCUAAGACGAAGGUGGGCAUUGCAGCUGGAGUUAUGUUCAUCGUAGCUGGGGUCCUCUGCCUCAUCCCUGUCUGCUGGACAGCCCACACUAUCAUCCGAGACUUCUACAACCCACUGCUGGUCAGUGCCCAGAAGAGAGAGCUGGGUGCAGCGCUCUACAUCGGUUGGGGGGCAGCUGCCUUGAUGCUGAUCGGAGGGGGGAUGCUCUGCUGCAACUGCCCCCCUAAGGAUGAAGGCUCCUACACUGCGAGGUACAAACCUGCCAGAUCUGAUGCCUCAGCACCAGUAUCCGGGAAAGACUAUGUCUGAAACAGAACUACAACUCAGUAAAUAGCUUUCACAAAAAAAUGUUUACUGGGACAGAUGAACUGUUGUACUGGGUCGUGAGUGUCGAUAUUUGGGGAUUCUACUUGAGCAAAAAGUAUUCCUGAGCUUUACUCUUCAUGAGAGUGUUCAAAGGAAAUCAGUAGCAGGAAUGGAACCACACCCAAGGAGUAAAU